CAACGCCUCCUCCUCUCCAAUCCCUAACCCUAACCCUAAGCCGACGGCGCCGUCGCCCGCGGCCUCUCCCCCUCAUCGACGGCGCCAUCUCGUCUGAGUAUGAGCUGGAGGAGCACGUGUACGUCAGGGACGCAGCAAGGCCAGCACACCAUCGCUCCCGCCUUCCCUGGUUCCUCGCCGAGCGCCACCAAGAGGAAGAGAGAAUGGUGAAUGAGAAGGGGAAUGAGAAGGGAAAGGGUGUUGGUAAGGAGAAUUGGAAGGCCAAGGGUGCUGGUAAGGAGAAUGGGAAGGCGAAGGCAAAGAAAAAGAGCUUGAAUUACCUAAUUAGGCAAGAUUCGGCGCUGCCUCCACCGGUUCCGAGGAAGAAGAACAAACCUAAGGUGCAGAUUAGGAAGGCGAAAGACUUUCCCAAUGCCCCAAUGGGAGAGUUGAUUUGUAGCUUAAAAAAACACCCUCCGCCUCCUCCGCGUCUCCCCGACCGCACCGGUGCCGGCGUGCGUGCCGCGGAAGCCGCUGCCUCCGGCUCCGCAACCGGCUCCGAGCUGCCUCAUGCAUCUACUAUUGUGGUAGAGGACGAGGAGAAGGAGGAGGACGACGAGGACGAGGACAUGGAUGAGGACAAGGACAAGGAAUAUGAGGAGCAUAAUCUGUUUGUGGUUCCUCCAUUGCAAGCGGGUGUUGAUAUGUCGGAUGAUGAUACAUCAGAUGGGUAUAAGGAAUCAGCUGAUGAACUAGAAGGUGACACUAUGUCCGAGGAAUCACUUGUGCAUGUUGUCUCUAGUGAGGAGGAGGCAAGAGAAAGGAAAAGGAAAAAAGAACAAGAGGCCAAGAGCCAAUGCUCCUGUUAGGAUGUCAUCCGAUGUUUGGGCCCAUUUUCACAAGGUCAGGGAGCCAUGUGAGAAGACUAGAGAGAUUGUGUUGAAGGCUGUUUGUAAUUAUUGUAUCAACAAGAAGUAUGCGUAUACGCAAGGUGGCAGCACCUCAAAUAUUGGAAGGCAUCAUUUAAAAUGUAAGGGUUACAAGUCCAAGAUGGUUACAAGUACGAGGUUUAGGACUGAGAUCAAAAUCGUGGAGAAAGAGUUGGCGGCCUUGUAUGACAAAUGUGUUGCUCAAGAUAAGCAAGCUGGAAAUGGACAAAGUUCAUCUUCCUCUGCAAACAUUCCUAGUAUCCCGGUUCAAGCUGGGUACGUGUCCUUCUUAUCGUCCCGUUCAACAAGAAUAUCAAAGAGUGAGUUGAGGAACUACUUAGAGGAUGAGGUUGCCCCUCGCAACAAGGCUCUUGAUCUUCUUGGUUGGUGGAAAGACAAUGCUCCUAGGUACCCAAUUAUGGCCAAGAUAGCCAGGAGGUUCCUUACUAUCCCGGUUACCUCCGUGUCUUCGGAAUCUACCUUCAG